AGCACCCGACGCCUCCUCGUCGAUAAUUUAUCCGUCCUUCGAGGCAACUAAUAAUUAUCAGUUAUUAAUGCCUUGGAGCUCCAAACUCGAAAACGACGUUAUCGCCAUAGGCAGUGCUCUUAUCGUCAUUGUCAAGUGCAGCGGGGUCUCGCAUAAAUACGUAAUAUUCCGACGAGUGUUCGAAGCAGCUCUUAACCAAAUCGGGUUCUUCGAGUUCUCUGCCAGAGAUUCGAUGAAAAGCCACCCUACCGGCCGAGCGCGGAACUUCAAGGAGCGCCGAGGUAUUUCGGUGGCACUGCCGCUCGAAAUACCGGACGCCAGAGAAUUUAUCGCGGAUUCUUUGGACAAAUUUAGCUCAUGGAAACACACAUUAACAACAAGAAAACACGCCUCACCCGUUCGUCGAGAAACCGUCGGGAUUUAA